UUGAUUUUUUUCUCUCUCACGUCUCUCGGUCUUCCCUCUCUUUAGAAACUAACACAUUCAACUUUCCCUUUCAGAUAAUCGAUUAUGGACGAGACUGAUUUGAAUCAAAACUCAACUUCAUUUUUAGAUCUUGAUUGUCAAAGGGAAAUGCAUACAAUUGGUGAAAAUGAUGAUAAUGAUAUUGGGUGUAAGGGUGUGCCGUGUUUUAAUGAAAUUCCAUUAGAAAAUGGCAAACCAUACGUUGGUUUGGAGUUCUCUUGUAUUGAAGAUGCUGAUAUGUUCUACAAAGAAUAUGGGAGAAGUAAAGGAUUUUCGACAUGUAAGCGAUCAUCUUAUGCAACUGCACGAGAGGAGGUAUAAGUAGAGCAAUAUUUGUUUGCAGUUGUGAAGGAAUCUACGGAAACAAUUCAAACAAUGAUGAUUUCCAUGAUGAGGUCGAGCCCGAGGUGGAGAAGAGAAAAAAGAGGAGUUCUUCCACCAUGAGAACAGAUUGUAAGGCUAUGAUGCGUAUAGCUUUGGAUAUAAAACGCAAGAUGUGGUAUGUUAAUACAUUUGUACAUGAGCAUAAUCACGAAAUGGUCUCUCCUAAAAAGCGAGCCCUCAUGAGGUCAAACAAGUAUAUGCCGCUUGAAGCUAAAAGCAUGGCAGAGGCAUUUAACAAAAAUAGACUCCCAGUUGGUAAGGUUGUGUCGUUGUUUGGGCAAACUGAAAAUACUACAUUCAUUCCUAGGGAUGUAUAUAAUCAUUUGAGGACGGUUAGAAAAUCUUUAUUAGAUGUUGGAGAUGCAGAAGCUGUGGUUAAAUAUUUUAGAAAACGAAUAAUUGAAAACUCGAGUUUUUAUUAUGCAGUACAGGUGGAUGGAGAAGGAAGGGCAGCAAAUUUAUUUUGGGUGGAUGCCCGUUCACGAAUGGCUUAUAUCCGCUUUGGAGAUGUUGUAACCUUUGACACAACAUACAAGACCAACAAAUAUAGUAUGCCCUUUGCGCCUUUCACAGGUAAAAACCAUCAUCACCAGUCUAUUACCUUUGGAUUUGCAUUACUAGGAGAUGAGACUGAACCAACAUUUAUAUGGUUGUUUAAGACAUGGCUUGAAGCAAUGGGAGGUACUCCUCCAGUUUCUAUACUUACUGAUCAAGAUCAGGCCAUGACAAAUGCAGUUGCAACGGUAUUCCCUGGAACCCGCCAUCGUUUUUGUUUAUGGCACAUUAAGAAAAAAUUUGGUGAGAAGUUAAGUCAUGUACUUUUUAAGAAAUCAAAGUUUAAACGAACAGUUAAAGCGGUCAUUCGAAACACAUAUACAGUUGAGGAUUUUGUAAACCAAUGGCAGUCUAUGCUAGUAGAGUUUAGUUUAACUGAGAACGAAUGGCUUAAAGACUUGUAUGAUAUACGUGAGAAAUGGAUACCGGUUUACAAUAGAAGUGUUCUUUUUUUUGCGGGAAUGAAUACAACUCAGAGAAGUGAAAGUAUAAAUUCAUUUUUUGAUCAUUAUGUGAACUCUAAAACAUCUCUUCGAGAAUUUGCCGAAAGUUGUGACCAGGCAUUCGAAAGAAUGUAUGUUAGAGAACGAGAAGAAGACUACAAGUCCAUUCAUACGAAGCGUAUAUUUGCUUCGCAAGAUCUGUUGGUACGGCAUGCAUCUAAAAUAUUCACUCGUGUUAUCUUUAAUAAAGUUCAUGCCGAGUUUAACGCAUCAUUGAGGUAUCGAUCAAAAAUAGUUGAGGUUGAUGGUGAUGAACACUCUUAUACAGUUUAUUGGAAAGUAGGGGAUACUGUUGAACAAUUUCCGGUAAAGAUUAAUGAGGUGACAAAAAAAGGUACAUGUGGUCGCCAAAAUUUUGAGUUUAAGGGAAUACCAUGCAGACAUUUGCAUCAUAUUUUAGUAUCUCGUCUUUAUGUGGAAGAGAUCCCAUCUUAUUUUGUAAUGGAAAGGUGGAAAAAGAAUGCUAACAAGUCUGUAGUUUUGAGUUCUGAUCACUUGGAAAUAAAAGAUGACAAGGUCGGGAUAUAAGCCAUGCGAAUUAGUCACUACUGUCGACGAUCAGUUGAGCUAGCAUAAAAGUUAAGGAAAAUCAGUUGAGCUAGCAUAAAAGUUAAGGUAAAUCAGAGAAAGCAUAUGAUGUGGCAAUGGAUUUUCUUAACCAAGAUUUUAAAAAAGUUAAGGAAAUUGAUAUUGUUGAACUUGGAAGAGAACAUGGUAAAGACAUGCAAAAAGACUUAUGCGCUGACGUUGAACCACAAUCAGCUAUAGAUCAGUCAUAUGCUGCUGCUACAGAAGUACCUAACGAUGGUUUAUGUGUCUCCACCUCUACUAAUAUGAUCAUAGGUAACCCACGCAUCUCCCAAACGAAAGGUAGGAAGUCUGAUAAAGAAAAGACAAAUGCAGUAGAAGAUUUGCGCUUCAAGAGUGGUAUAGAACUAUCUAAAGCAACAAAAAAACCUAGAACUUGCAGGUAUUGCAGUUUGCAAGGUGAUGACUCUCGCACAUGCAGAAAAAAGAAGGAUGAUCAGUUAAAUGCUGCUAAUGCUAAUGGAGGUAUGUGAUGACAAGGUCGAUAGGGAUAGUUGGUGUACGAAGGCAGUGCAGGAUAAUGUAACGCUUUGAAGACUGGUCUAUUAUUUUUGUUUCUCAGUCCAGCACUUACAUGGCGGAUUAGUUCCUUACCAUGCGAAAACAUUUGAUUACAUUUUAGUUGUAUUUAAUCGAGGAGGAGACGAGAAUUAUAUAUGUUAAGGACGGCUGCGACACUUGUGUUCAUUUUUAUUUGGUACUGUUUAGAGGAUUCUAUUAUUUAUGGAUUCAAUUUCUAGAGUUCCUGUAAGUUUUUCUUGUUAAUGUUCUAGCACGUCUUUCCUUAUCUUACUUGCGCAGCUCUUCCACUCCAGAACAGAACAUAUCCUUACUGCACUUUAUCUUCACUACGGUCAGAGUUUGGAUGCCUGUGGUAGGCUUUAAGUUCAGCAAAAGUGAGCUCGCAGAACGCCGAUGUAAAACUAACGCUGCAAAACAUACUUUUUCAUCA